UUACGUGUUGGUGCUCAGUCGCGCUGUUUCUUUACAACAAUAUUUGCAAAUCUUUCGCUCCUUAUGGUCUUCUUCGUGUCUAGCUGGAUUCUUCCUCUCCUGAUCUGGGCUCUUGUUCUCCCGGUGGUCGUCGCAACGGAGCAGAUUCAAGGUCGACCUCAGCCUGAAAACUCAGGUUCCUCUGAGCCAAUCAGGGCUCCUCUGGGUGGUGAUGUCAUCCUGCCGUGUGUUGUGCAGCCUCAGAUCAAUAUGGAGGAUUUGACGGUGAUGUGGUGGAGGCCCGAAAUCCUUGUGGACCCAAACUGGUACGUUCACCUGUACCCUGAAAAGCAGCAUCAGGAGGCCCAGACGAUGCCGUCGUACGCUGGGAGGACGGAGAUGUUCGCAGACGGCCUGAAACUCGGGAACGUUUCCCUCCAGAUCAGAAACCUGAAGCUCUCUGAUGACGGGAGAUACAGAUGUAUCAUCCCACAGCUGGCGUUCGAUACCACCAUAAAGCUGGAAGUCUUUGAACCAAUCUCUGAUGACACUUUGACGAAGAAGCAGUUUCCAAAUCUCACAACUUCAGAUCUAGAAAAAGGAAGUCAUUUCCAUGGAUUGUGGAUCUGGUUUCUGGUUGCCUGCAUCUCCCUGAUCCUGGUUGCUGUCGGAGUUGCAGCAUGUUACCUGAAAAAUAGGGGUCAAAAUCCUAUCAAGUACAGCGUCGCCCAGAGCAGUCCAGCUCCUGGCUGCCCUGCUUAAAGACAAGUUGGCAGCUUCCGGCCUCACAAGGUUUAUGGUCUUCCACUAAUCACUCGAGGUUGAUGAUUUUCCACUAAUCACUCUAUGGGUCAAUCCAUAACAGACCCUGCAGACCAUUCAGUCUGCAGGUCGAAGUGUUAGUUGGCUAGUUGUUCUACCCUACAGUUUGGCGCCUACUGGUGGUCUCACGCACUUGUACGGUAGUCAACAUUAUGCACCUGUACGGUCUUCAAUUAUUUAUUUAAAGACAAGUUGGCAGCUUCCGGCCUCACGAGGUUGAAGAUCUUCCACGAAUUACUCGCGGUUGAUGAUUUUCCACUAAUCACUCUAUGGGUCAAUCCAUAGCAGACCCUGCAGACCAUUCAGUCUGCAGGUCGAAGUGUUAGUUGGCUAGUUGUUCUACCCUACAGUUUGGCACCUUCUUGUGGUCUCACGCACAUGUACGCCAGUUUCAUGGGCUCCCUCACGGGCGUCAACAUUAUGCACCUGCACGGUCUUCAAUAUUUGACCCUGUACGGUUGUCAGAAAGAAACUUAACUUAAAGGUCUCCUAUCAUGCAAAAUAAACUGUCCCAAAGUGUCAGAAAAUAAAACCCUCUCUCUUUUCCUCCGUACCAAAUUAUCUAAAAACGGGGGAACAACGGAGCUGAUCCAGAUCUGCCGCGUCAUGACGACAUUACUAAAAUGUGGGCGGGCUUUACACCCACGGCCCUAUCAGAAACAAUGAGACGUGUUUUGGACGUAAUUUGGUCUUUGUUUACAUUAGCAUCGCUAACACUCAGGGCUAACCUGCACUGGAGAGAGCAUGUGUGAAGAAGCAGGAAAUAAAAAGGAACUCACCUUGUGGUAAACCUGAGAGAGAAAGAGUUUGAGCUCCAUAUUAUUUCAGAAAUAAUCCUUGAUUAAUCCCGUGGUUUGGAACAUAAUAUGGCGUUUAAUCACGGCAGCAUUUAGCUGCCAGUAGAAAUCUCUCUCUUCUCUUUGGAGCUCACAGUGUGCCUUGCCGUGCUCCACAGGGGGCGGGGCCAGCAGCUAAGGACCCCGAAUCUGCAUUUCUCUAACAGGACUGAAACAGAGAGAUAUGAGGGAUUUUCUGAGGAAUUUUUAUACAUUUUUAUAUAUCUGAGACCCAUAAUAUAUGCCUAAAAAUAGCAUAAUAGGAGACCUUUAAUAUGAAGGCAGAACUGAUGGUGGUUUUUCCGGCUGUCCAAAUCUGUUCACAUUUUUUUUAAACAUUUAAUUAUGAAUCCAAAUUGUAUGAGCACCCCACACGAAAACGUUCUUUUGGUAACAGCUUAAGUUAAAUUGACCGGACUACUUUCUGCGGAUUGAUAUGUCUGCACAUAGUCCAUUGAUCAGUCCAAAUUGACCAAUCAGAACCGAGUAUUCAACCAAUCUGUGUUAUAAGAAGAAGCAAUGACUUGUUCAGCAUUAUAAGGCUUUUUCUGAUCGCAGCCUCCUUCUUUCAAUUGCUUCCAAUGAGAAGAGAGCGCAUUCGGUCAGACUGCACCUCGACAAAUUCAAAAUAAAAAGAUUGUUGCUUUUCCAGGUUUAUUAUCCUCGUGGUUGAUUGCCCCUUUUGUGCAGAUUGGGUAAAAGUGAUAUUGGGUAAAAGCGUCAGCUAAAUGUAAUGUAACAUUACCUGCUCACACACUGACUCACCUUAGCAGCCACUGGUUACUGGAAAUGUUAAAUACAGAAUUUGUACUGACCUGUAUUUCCAACAAUAAAGAAAUCCUUGCAGAAACAA